GUUUCUAUAACUUAAAAUCUAUGUCCAUCGCUGACAAGAUUUUGCUGAAAAGAAAGCUUUUGAGAGAACUCGCUCAAGCUAGAUCGCUCAUUGAAAGAGUUGAAGGUGCUCUCACAAGAGAAGAACGAAACUGCAAAAAUCCGCAUAAUAACGAUUGUUCCUUAAUGCAAAAAUAUAUUCAUACAAGCAGAAAAAGAAAAUCAACUGAAGAAAAUGAAGACCUGAAGAAUGUGGAUGCUGCAACAAAGGUUAACCAUUCAGACGUUUCUGCUACAAAGGCUAAAGGCUCAACAUGUCUCAAGAAAAUUUCAAAGGAUCUUAAAACCUCCAACACUGUUCAAUGGGAUUCCAAAAACUCAAUUCGUCCGCAAAAGAAAGCCGGUUGUUCAACUCGAAACCGUUCCGUUGAUCCCCUUAUAAGCCUAAACCGAUGUGAUCAUUGCAAGUCGUCCAUGCUGUUAAGGGACUGAGCAAAAGUCGUAGCUCUUGAAUCUACCAUGGAGAAGGCAAAAUUUCAGCGAAGGAUGGGGAUUAAAAAACAAAGAGAAGAAUCUCAUCUAGUCUUUGAAAAGAUGAAAAGCAACCAUUCAAUUUGAUGAUUUCAAUGAGUCUGUGAAAGAAUUGAAGGGGUUCGGUUGUCAAAGCAUGUUGUUCUAUGCUUCGAGACAGUUGGCUUUAUUCCUCAAAGAUGAUGAUUUCGAUGAUCAGGUAAUUGCUAAGAUUAUAGUUUCAGCAAAUGAUCAUGACUUGGAAGAGGGAGAGAUCAGGAUUUAGACAUCAUAUUUGUAUUCCUAUGAUGUGAUUUUAAACAAUUUAAGGCAAAACAUAUGGAGCGUUGCUUCUUAAAA